ACCGGAACCGUGGUUCGAAAUCGAUUGAGCAAGUCUACCCCUAAACUAAACCCCUAAACCCCCAGGACCAGACCCAAAGCAAUUCCAAUUUCCAGCUUCAAUGGUUACUGAAUCUGAAUCUCCUCCUCCUUCCUCACGAUUAUUACCAUUAGUUAUUUGAGCUUUCGGCGGAGGGCUGUCGUAGCCGCCUCCAACCAAUCCUUGUCAAGGAGAAAAGUGGAGAUUUCACUUUUCGUGUAUGGGAAAAUAUCGAAGCAUAGAAGCUGGAUCUUUUAAAGAUAUUGAGGAGAACAGGCUUCUUUCACUAAUUUGAAGUGUCUUACAAGGAUGGAUGAAUUGGCCAAGUAUAAGACAGUUGCAGUCCAUGUGGCUGCUGCUGGAGCAUCUGCUGCACUAGGCACUGCUUCCACGUACCCGCUUGAUACUCUCAAGACCUUGAUACAGGUUGGCUCCAGCUCUGGGAAAACAUUGGCGGUGCCUGAUGUACUUUACAGAGUCGGACUUUUGUCAGGAUUUCAAGGUUUGUUUCGUGGCAUUGAGUGGUCUAUUUUAGGAAGAACAUUAGGUCUGGGAGCCCGCUUUGGAGUUUAUGAAAUAUUGACAGCAUUCUACAAAGAUGGCCGUGAAGAUGAUUAUGUGUCUGUAUCGGAGGCUCUAAUGGCAGGAUUUGCUGCUGGGAUGACGGAGUCUUUUGUGUCCUCUCCAUUUGAACUGCUCAAACUUCGUGCUCAAGUGUCUGCCGUUUCUCAUGCCACACCCCCUCCACGCCGUGCUGAGAAGAGUGUUGCCCGUCCUUUAAUAUCAAGGUUGCUACCCAGAUCUUCCAUGGACAUGACUGCAAUGAGCAACUCUCUUGGCAUUUUGUCCACAUUGACCACUAAACAUGCAAAUAUUUCUGAUGCUUUGAAAGAGUAUCCAUGGCUGAUGACGGGCUCAGGGAGACCACCAGCUGUCAGUACUGUUCAAACGCCAUCAGAAGUCAUUUCUUUGGAAGGAUGGACUGCUCUGUGGAGAGGUCUCAGACCAGGAAUUGUUAGAGAUUCCAUUUUUGGUGGUGUAUUUUUCUCAAGUUGGCAAUUUUUGCACCAAGUUAUGCUUUACUGGAAAGCUGCAGGAAUGGACCCUAUACCCAGGUACGACAAGGAUAUCGGUCCCUUGUCCCCAAUAUCUGUCAGUCUUGCUGCCGGUGUUUCAGGUUCAUUUGCUGCAGCUGUCUCUCAUGGUUUUGACACUGCAAGAAGCCGGUCACAAUGUACUGUUCUUCCCAAGUAUUUAUCAAUGGAAAGGAGGCUUCUUAAGUGGAAGAGACCUGGGAAGAGGUUCGAGAGGCUAACAGGGAUCCACCCCUCCGACAAAAAUUUACUGUUGAAUGGCAUAGGGUUGCGGAUGGCUCGUUGUGGACUUGCGUCGUCCAUCAUUGUAGGAAGCUACCUUUUUGCUGUCGGUCACUUGCUUCCUGAUUGAAUCUCCCAAGAUUUUGGAUCGGCACUUGGUGGCCGCACCGAAGAAUUUUUGCAUUGUAUCAGAAAUUUGGAAUGCAUCAAAAAUAAUAAGGCCUGUCAGCCUCUUUGUAGCUUCCAGAAUGUUUUCCCGGCGGCCGAAAGCAGUUACCCUGAUGAACUCCUUCCCAGCCGGGCCAAAUCCACUCCCCGGGACGGUAAUUAUGUGUGUUUUCUCAAGAAUUUCAUUGAACACAUCCCAUGAAUUGGAACCUGGAAAGUGUACCCAGAGAUAUGGCGCAUUUACGCCACCAUAGGCCUUCAAUCCGAGCAGUUUAAAAGUUUCGAGCAGUAUUUUUGCGUUCUCCUGGUAGUAAUUGACGAGAGACAGCACGCCCUGGUAAAAUUGCAGCCAAGAGUAAUCAGCACCGUACUGAAGUUGAAAAACUUCCUGAAGAUAAACAAAGAAGUUUGAGGUUUGAAGCUCACCUUGAAGCCCUCGCCCGUCAAGCUAGCAAGCCCACCAGCCUGGGCUAUUCUGGAGGCACCAUUAAAGCAGGUACAUGCAAUACGAUUGAAGUCGUGAAUAACAGGAAACCCGUUCGAAUACAACAGCUCCUUGGGGAUGACAGUCCAACCAAGACGAACCCCGGUGAAUCCAACAAACUUGGAAAAUGAUGAGACUUCUAUAGCAACCUUUGACAGACAUAGGAGCAAAGGAAAUUGCGAUCCAUCGAGAGCUUGAGGUAAGUCAUUUCAAGGGAAUAUAGCUAUAUAUAUAUGUAUUACCUUUUUGGCGCCGGGAAUUUCAUAUAUGGAUCGAGGACUACCAUCGGUGAUAUAGCCUGCAUAGGCAGAGUCAUAUACGAUGAUAGAGCCAUUUCUCUGUGCAAAUCGAAUAAGCUCGUGUAACUGCUCCCUGGAGGCAGCGUGCCCAGUGGGAUUGUUGGGAGAGCACAGGAAAAUAAUGUCGGUUCUUGCGACUUUUGAGAAGUCUGGGAAGAAAUUAUUCUGAGGCCUGUCUCAAAGCAAGUGUGGUUGGAGACCAUAAAGAUACUUGGCUGUAGUGAAACUCGAAAUCCGUGAAUAUUAAAGAGUACCGGAAAAAUUGGAUCUUGAGUUGCUAUGGACAUGUUCGAUCCAAAGAGCAGCUGCAAUGAAACAUUAAAAGCUACCUGAGAUUGAUCGAAAGAUCGAUGGGGAAAAGUUAUACGGGUCGAAGACCUCUUAUAUCUAUACCUGCAGGCGAGAGAUAUCGCAUUGCGCGCCAUCAGAUACAAACACUUCUGUGUCCUGUAUGCCCAUGUCUUUGUAAAAUGUUUCUGCUAUUGCUUUUCUUAGCUCCUGCAACACUAGCAAGAGUUAUCACUGGGAAGAAGUGACCUUAUUGGACUAAUAAUAAGACAGCUUUUGUUUUU